AGCGGGCACCUGGGUGUGCGCGCAGGAAGAUGGCUGAGCAGGUGCCGAAGUCUGUGCUCUUCGUGUGUCUGGGUAACAUCUGUCGGUCACCCAUUGCAGAAGCAGUUUUCAGAAAACUUGUAACUGAUCAAAAGCUUUCAGAUCAUUGGAGGAUAGACAGUGCAGUGACAUCCAUGUAUGAAAUAGGAAACCCUCCUGAUUAUCGAGGGCAGAGUUGCAUGGAGAAGCAUGGUAUCCCCAUGAAUCACACUGCCCGGAAGGUUACCAAGGAAGAAUUUGCCACAUUUGAUUAUAUACUGUGUAUGGAUGAAAGCAAUCUGAGAGACUUGAAUAGAAAAAGUAAUCAAAUUAAAAACUGCAAAGCUAAAAUUGACCUACUUGGGAGCUAUGAUCCACAAAAUCAACUCAUUAUUGAAGCCCCUAUUAUGGGAAUGAGUCUGACUUUGAGACUGUUUACCAGCAGUGUGUGAGGUGCUGCAGAGCCUUCCUGGAGAAGGCCCGCUAAUGUCACGCCCGUUCUCCCCACAGCCCCCGGCUGGGCCCCACAGGCUCUGCUGUGAGGCCGCAACUGUUUCUUCAGUUGACCCUCGGUUUCUUACCUUAAAUAAUUGUAGAUGGAAAUCAGUUAUUGUAUCUGACAGACAAAUAAAUAAAAAUGUUUCA